AUGCUCGGAAAGGAAAAGGUCGUUUUGAAAUCAAGUGAUGGUAUUAGAUUUUCGGUCGAUUGUGAUUCUAUUCGUCAUUCAAAGCUUUUGUACGAUAUGAUGGCUUGUUUAAGAAAUGUAGAGCACGUAUCAGACACAAACGACGAAGAAGUUCCGCGUGAAGAUGUUGUUGUUCAAAAUGAGCAAAACCAGGAAGAAAUCGCACCAGGAGAAGCGAUUGUAGCUGAAAUGGGCGACAACGAAGAAACUGGAGAUAAAAUGGAGGAAGAAGCAGUUGUUGAAGGUAAAAUUGAGGCCGAAAAGGCGUGUGGAGACAGCAAACAUGCUAACAAGGAUACGAUGGAUAAAUCUGACUCAAGCGACGACUUUGCUGAACCUAGUACUAAGAGAUUUCGAAGUAACAAAGCCGAAGAAUUUAAUGACGAUGUAGCCGGCAAAACCAAAGAAUCAGACUCUUCUAGUGACGAGGACUCACCAGGCACCUCUAUUCCGAUCAAGAAUGUCAAAAGUGAUGUCUUGGAGAAGGUGCUGCAUUGGUGCGAAUAUCACAAGGAGGAUGAGCCUCUAACGGACGAAGAACUCAAAAAUAAGGAUAGGAAUGUUCAUAUUUGUGCUUGGGAUGCGGAGUAUUUGAAGAUGGAUGACCAACUCCUACUCGAAGUGAUUAAGGCCGCGAAUUACUUGGACAUUCAGGAGUUGUUGGACAUUACUUGCAAACACGUAGCUAAUAAGCUCAAGGACAAGAGCCCAGAAGAAAUUAGGGCCGCCUUCAACAUUGAAAACGAUUUCUCUCCGGAAGAGGAGGCUAAGAUCUUGAAGGACAAUGCUCUUUUCGACGAUUAG